AUCACAUGACACUGUGGCUGUUUAUAAGCCAGACUGCAACUCCUGUAGCUACUGUGAAUUGGUACCCUGUUUGGAGUAGUUGGUGAAAAAUGAUGAAUGUCAAAAUCUGCAACCUGCUUCUUGCUGUCUCACUUUGUUACGAGUUUUGUCCCAAAAUCGCUGCUACAUUCACUGCAAUGGUAGACCAGACAGUUGAUGAUCCUUUAUUUCUCGUUGAAGAUCCUGAGCAAACAUUCUUCAAGGAUGUUAUGAACUUCAGAGACGAU